AUGAUACCAAUACUAGCGUGCUGUGAAUCUCAUCCGACGUUUCCAACUUCACCUAAAGUAGAAGUUCCCUAUUAUCCUUCCAUAGCACGUGUGCUGGUUAAUAAUGCAAAUAAUCAAGGAGUCAGAGAAUCAGUGUAUGAUGCAGAACUUUACCAGAUCAUGUCAAAUUGGCUUGAUAGAUUUAGAGUAACGGGACAAUGGCAUCUAAAAUAUUGUGCUAGUGGGCAUAUUAAUAAUAAAUAUGUUGACAUAGUCAUCUCACGAUCUGAUCACCCAAAAAUUGUGUUCGAACUUUUAGCUACGGCAACAAAAAAAGAGCUUAAGGAACAUUAUGAACGGGCACUCAUAUAUGACAAGAAACUCCCUGCAGAUGAAACAUGGAUUGUUCAUUUCACCUGUGAAGCAAACGCCAUUUCGGAGCCAUGCUGGCCAACUAAGUCUCAAUUGGAAAAAGAUCUUCGAAUCCUAUAUUUUUGGCAUGACCUUAGCUUUACAAAGACUAGAAUGACUUCAUGUUGGUGGGAUGCGAAUAAUAAUACGAGGCAUGUCUCUGAUGUUGAGGAAUUUAUGGUGCGUUAUAUUAUGAAUAUUUCUUUGAUUGCUUCCUUUACAUCUCAUGUUUCUAACGACCUCUGUUCGAUUGCAGGUUUCGUAAUAGUUAGAAUAGUAUCAGAAGAGCAAAUUAGCUGUAUUUGUUUUUCAUCUCUAAGUUAG